GUCGGAGCGUUAUAACCUAGUGUCGUUCCCUCCACAUGGUAGUGCGCUCAUCGUCUGUCACCGAUAGUAAACAAGUAGCAACCCCUGGAGAACUCUCUCAGUCCCUGUCAAUUGAUCAGAGAUGACUUCGGCCGGCGACAGCGAUGAUGACUGGGAUGAGUUUAUGGACAAAUUUACGGAAGAAAGAUACAAAAAUGGUUUUAGCGAAGACAAUUGGGAAGAGGAGAUGGAGAAAAUACCAUUGUUCAUGACGAAAGCCCCAGAAGAAAUUGACCCUAAAACGCAUCCGCAAUUGGCUUGUCUUCAGGCCCUUAUCCACGAUGAAGACAGGACUCCCGAGGAAAAAGCAGUCAGUCUGAAAAAUGAAGGAAACGCAUAUUUUCAAGAGAAAAAAUAUGAAAAGGCAGUGGUGGCAUACACAGAAGGUUUGAAGGUGAACUGGGAAGACCAGGUCAACAACACUGUUCUACUCACCAAUCGAGCUGCUGCACAAUAUUAUCUCGGUAACAUGCGCUCUGCCUUGAAAGAUUCAUGUGCUGCACUGAAGAUCAAACCAGACCAUCUUAAAGCAUUGAUCAGAGGAGCUCAGUGUUGCAUGGAGAUUCGUAGCUUUCCAGAGGCCAUCCGGUGGUGCGACAGGGGGCUCAAGAUGCACCCUGGUGAUAAAAAGCUAACAGAGUUGAGGUCGGCAGCAGACAAACACAAGAGAGAGGCAGAGAGGGAUGCCCGGAAAGCAAUGGCCAAAGAAAAAAAGGAGCAAGGCGAAAGACAAAGACUACUAUCAGCCAUGACAGAGCGCGGCAUCAAGCUCCGCCUGCCAAAGAGGCGUGGCUCUGACGACGACGACGAGGAGCAGGGUCAGGGGCCAGCUCUGGACCAACUCACCCAGGACGCCACCGGGGCCCGCGUGUUCCUGGACGACCAGGGCGCCCUGAACUGGCCCGUCCUCCUCCUCUACCCAGAACACCAGCAAAGUGACUUCAUAUCAGCCUUCUGCGAGGCCUCAUGCUUCAUAGACCACUUGGCAGUGAUGUUCGGCGAGGAACUUCCCCCGUGGGACACAGACAGGAAGUACCUCCCUCAAAACCUGCAGUUGUUCUUUGAAGAUGAGGAGAAGGAGGUCUUGUACCAGGUGGUACCAGACAUGUCUCUUUUGAAAGUGUUGCAGCAUAAAAGAUUUUUUGUAAAAGCCGGCUCCCCCAGCUUUAUUGUGUUGGUCCAAGGAUCGCCCUUCUCCAAAAAGUAUUUAUCAGAGAAGACACUAAAGCGUUGGUGAAGGCCUUGUCCUUUCAGUCCGCCACCUGACCGGGUUGCUAAAAUCCACGUCUUUGUAUCCACUUAAAACAAAUGACAGUCCGGCUCACUGCACCCAGACAGUGUUUUUAUACAAUACAGUCUCAACCACACCCCAAUAAAGGCAGAAUGUACAACUCUUCCUGUUCCGUUUCAUUUUAAAUAAAAACAUGACAACUUGAAACUAUACUGUACCACAGAUUGAAGAUAAAUAAUUAACUGAAAGAGAUCGACGUUCAAUGAACUGUGACGAUGGUUUGACUGAAGUCAUGUCAUAAAUAUUGUGCUUUGUAUAUAUUACUACUGCUUUUACCUUUGUUAAAACAAAUCUGCAUAUACAGUAAUAAAUGUGCACUAGGGAUGAGUUAAUCUAAUUACAAAAUAUGACGCGAGUAGAUGCGCAAUCGCUUUUUUAGAUGUAGAUUAACGCAGUGGUUAUUAGGCAUCUGGCCUAGUUAGUGCUCUUUAACAACGAAUAUAUCACGUGAAGGUGACCAUGACAGUAGGUGAAAAGAUUUAUCCUCUUGGUUUCUGCAGCAGACAUAAGGGAGUAGGCCUUUAGCGCCCUCUACUGGCACAAAUCUAUUUGGCAGAUAGAUCAGUAAUUCAAACCUUUUCCUCAUUGCAAGAUGAGUGCCAGAACCCAAUCUGGGUUGGCCCAUUUAAUAACAGUCCAGAAACAACUGCAGCGUACGGCCAAAGUGUGCCUGAAAGCGGCUGACAAAGCAAUAACAACGUGGAUUCAAAUAUUAGUGAGCAAAACAUCGAAAUAAAAACCUGGACAGAAGACAUUUUUGAUUCACUUCUUGAGCUAAAAGCCCUAUUCAAUGUUUGGCUUCCCUAUGCAGGAAUGUUGAUAAAAGUUUGUUUUUAUUUAACCUUUUAUUUAUUUUUAUACAAAUGUAUAAUAAAACUUGAACUUAAAACCAAGGGGAGGAAAUAGAAAGUCGAUUCACAUGGUCCCUACUUAAAAAUCCCUCGUGUCAGAAAAACAAAAAUAUGAAUAAAAUAUGACUUUUUGGACAGUGUGUAAAUGCACCAAUAUGAUGCCAUGGGCCUUUUCUAAAGAGUGUACUUUACAGUAACAUUUAUAAACUUGCCGUGGAUGUCUGCUUAUCAUCAUCCGGAAGCUCUACAGUAUUCAAAGUCUAGACAGAAGGCUACGCAUAUUAAAAAGAAGAUAUCACUGCAGCGCCUGUGCAAAUAUUAAUGAGGUCAAAACAGGAGGGGGGGGGGGGGGGGG